AUGCAAUUGUCUUCUCUUAUUGUCUCAGAUAACUCUGAGCUCAACGGUAAGGGAAUCCAAGGUCUUCACGAAGGCGGUGGUUUUGGCUACUUUGGCGUGUCCGACAAUCUUGGCCAGGAAUUCAAUUAUGAUGCUGACAAGAAGGUGCUUUUCCAAAAUGAGAAUUCCUUUCCAGCCAAUGUCGGUUUCAUGUUGGCUGAAAUCUACGGGGAUUUCCUUGCUGUUGGACUUUCAGUGACUCCAAGUGAUGUUACUUUUGAUGCAGAUGGCAGCUUCAACAUUGGAAAGCAGCUCUAUGCUUGUAAGCGGCUCAAUGACCCUUACCACUACUUCACUGACGAGUAUGGUAUUGUUGCAGGCGAUGCACCCAAUGACAGUUGUGUCAAGAUAGCACUUCAGAAAGUUGGCGACGGACCUUCCUCUACUACAGAGAUGAACGCCUACUACAACUUUUUCAGUGCUACAGCUUCCCUUGCCUCCAAGGCCAUUACCAAGUCUUUCACAGGCUUCGUUUACACUGCCGCCCAUGCCGCAGAAUUCAUCGAGGACUUCUCCCAAGUGAACUCGAUUGUCAGCGAUGCUGUGACCGAAACUCUUGAAGUGCCCGGUACUUUCCACGAGUACGACUUCCCCGAAACCAUUUCCCCAUCUUCCCCAGAACCCCUCCUCGUGAUGCCCGGUUCGUAUCUCCCCGAGGAAGAGGAAUCGAUUACCAAUCGUCGCAGAAGCCUCAAGGCUACCAGCGACUGGCAAACCAUUGAGCUUCGUAAGAGCCCAAAGAGAGCUUCCCCCUCUCCGCUGCCGGUUCCAAUUCCUGCUCCAACCCUCAAGCCGAAGUUUCAGCUGUUUAGAAAACGCAUGAAGCACAAUAACGGCGGGUUCAGAGAGCCUUCUCAAGACAUGAAUAAGGUCUUGACCCUGGGAAACAUGUUCCUUGUUCUCCAGGAGUGCUGA